AGAGAUAGGCAGUGUGGAGAGAGAGAGUUAGAGAGAGUUAGAGAGAGAGAGAGAGAGAGGGAGGGAGAGAGAGAGAGAGGGAGGGAGGCAGACAGGCAGACUCACAGGGGACACACAAUACUACAAACACCUGCUGGAAGUUUGCUGUUUGUUUUUUUUUCUCCUGACGGGGAAAAUCCACCUUUUUUUUUUCUUUCUUUUCAUCAGCCCCUCUCUCGGAUUAUUCGACUCGUCGGAUGUGAAAGUCGUUCGCCCCUCUCCCGGUUCUCUGCACAGUCACCUGCUCUGCGCGCGGCGCUGGAGAGAAAUGAUUCUCAGGAGGGCCCUGGGUGCCGCUGACUCUUGGUGAAUGUGUGCGUCGGCGAACUGUGUCCUCCAGGCCCAGAGGAACUUUGAGGGGUUGGCUCCCCAGGGCAGGCUCCAUGCGGGGGUGACGAUGGCCUCCGUGGGCCCCCAGCCGGGCCCUCGCUCCAGGAUGCCUCACCUGCCUCACUGCGAGCCUGACAUGGAGUUCACCUGGCAGGAGCUGAUGGCUCUCACUGAUCUGCAGGAAUUCGAGGUACCCGGUGAGCCCUCCUACGACCCUGCAGUCUCCUACCUCCCCUCCCCGCAGCCCAUGAUGCCCCCAGGGGGGUUCGGAGCUGCCCAGCCCCUUGCUGAGCCCACCAUGCCAGCCUGCGGGCUCCCCCCUGCCCUCUACCCAGACCUGAACCCGUCCUGCCAGAGACCGCAGAUGGGCAGCAUGCUGGGGGGGUGCUACGGGGGCACGAGUGCGAGGUACACCAGGCUGCUCCCGGCCCCUUCCCCCUCCCAACCCCCCCCCAGCCUCCACCUGCAGCCCCCCGCCCCCUCCCUGCCCCUCAUGGGCCUGCUAGAUCACCUUGUGCUGGCGGGGUCCGACACAGGCCAGCCCAGGCAGGGAGUGGCCAAGCCACCCAGCCAGGAGGAGCUGGAGUCGGAUUCGGGCUUGUCCCUGGGCUCCAGCCCCGCCCUGCCGUCGCCUGGCAACCCGGGGGCACUGUACCCCCCCGAGAGCGUGUGCUUCAGCGAGGCGGAGAGGGAGGGGGGGUCGUCGGGGAGGAUGAGGGCCGACUUUGCAGAGCAGAUGUACCAGCUGGAAUACCAGCAAUACCAGAUGGGCCAGCAGGCUGCUUACAGCCCCGUGCUGCCUUCCUACGGAGCUCCACCCCAGCAGCAGCAGCAGCAGCAGCAGCUCCAGAGUCUGUGCAGCUUUAUGCCCGGCAGCAGCAGCAGCAGCAGCAGCAAUGGCAGUGGGGUUAUGGUGGGGGCCAGAAAGCCGUCCCUCAGCCCUCGGCGGGACCUGAGCCGGGAUGAGAGGCGCGCCCUGGCCCUGAGCAUCCCCUUCCCCCUGGAGAGGAUCGUCAACCUUCCCGUGGACGACUUCAACGAGCUGCUGGCCCGCCGCCCGCUGAACGAGAGCCAGCUGGCCCUCGUCCGAGACAUCCGCCGGCGGGGCAAGAACAAGGUGGCCGCCCAGAACUGCCGCAAGAGGAAGCUGGAGAACAUCGCGCACCUGGAGGGGGACCUGGAGCGGCUGCGCUCCGAGCGGGAGAGGCUGGAGAGGGAGCGGGCCGGCUGCGAGAAGGGGCUGGCGCUCAUGAAGGAGAGGCUCGGGAAGCUGUACACCGAGGUGUUCGGGAGGCUCAGGGACGAGCAAGGCAGGCCCUACUCCUCCGAGGAUUACUCCCUGCAGCAGACCAGCGACGGCAGCGUGUUCCUGGUGCCGUGCAAGCAGGCGGAGGAGGAGGAGGGGGCGGACUGAGGGGAACAGGACCCCUGGGGUGGGGUUAAUGUUCGUGAGGGGGGCUUCACGGAGACUCUGAAGUCUGGGAUGGAAAUCAGACUCCCGCUGCAUAGCAUUUUGAUCCGUUCCUGGUUUUACUCUGAGCUUGUUACCUGCACACACUGGGGCUAAUGAAGCUCGUAGUGAGACCUGGAAUGGGUGACACUGCUGUGCGAUAGGAGGCACUGAAGGGGACUCUCAAAGCGAUUUACUCCAAAUGGUCAUUUGUGCAGAACUAUGAAACACUCAACAGUACGAAUGAAGAAAUACUAAACCAAGCCUCACAGUCCAGACUUUCGUCAUCGAAUGCUUUUUUGUGAGCUACUUCUAGUAUUUCCAAAUUGUCAUUGCCUCAAAAGAGACAAUCAAGUAAUAAAUAAUAAAUCUGAUUCUAGUUCAGGCCACUCCCUUUCAUUUUUAAAUGAAAUCAGUCCUUAAUGUAAUCUGAUACAAUUCAGGUGUACCGGGCUCCAGCAAGCUGAAUAUUUACUAAAAGGGACUACAGGACAACUAGGCAUGUGUGUGGAUACCCGUACAUGUGUGUGUAUUGGGUGUGGAUACCCGUACAUGUGUGUGUAUUGGGUGUGGAUACCCGUACAUGUGUGUGUAUUGGGUGUGGAUACCCGUACAUGUGUGUGUAUUGGGUGUGGAUACCUGUACAUGUGUGUAUUGGGCGUGGAUACCCGUACAUUUCUUAAAUAUUCAGGUCUGAACUGGUUUUGGCUUGAUCCAAGCUUAGUAUUCUGGUCUCAUGGUUGCUGGAAGUAUGACUCACAGCAGACAGAAAGCAGGCAGGGUAUCAGAGACCAAGCUUGGGACAAGCUGAAAACAGUUCCUCGUUAGUAAAAUGAAAAAUAAAUACUAAUAUAUUACUUCAAAGCAUAUACAUGAAGUUUGCCAGAAGGGGUGGUUCUGUAAAAACCAACCAUCAUUCACAACAGCAGCUUGGGGUAAUAGUCCAAAAAUCAAGCCUCACCACCUUUUGGAGACACCGUCACAAACAGGAAUUGGAAAGACCCGCCAUAACACUGUCAGCAGGAUGCAGGCAGCCAGGAUUCCAUGUGGCAAGCUUGCAAGGAGUUUGUAUUGUUUUUGGACUUAAAACAAACAAGGUCUUCCUGCAAGCAACUACAGCAGCAGCAGUUGUGGUGCAUGGUUCACCCCCUAAUCUCCAAGUCACGCUGGAUAAAAGUAUCUGCUAAAUGAGCAAUUAGCUCUUAUUCACUUCGUUACAUAGCAUAGUAAUGCAACCCCCCCCCGAACAUCUGGCUUCCUUACAGAAGUCCACAGCCAGUUUCAUCAAGUUGGGAAGAGUGCUUCACAAGACUGCAGCCUCCAGAAGCUCAGCCAAUAAGGUGUCAAUACUGUAACUAGAGGAAGCAGUUAAACUCCCUUCCUGUAAAGACCCACACUGGGGCUCUCCCAUCAAGUCCGGGUGCUCAAGAUACCAGCUUGGUUUGCCGCUCAGAGUUUAGAACCCAGAACUCCUGAGAGACCAACAUUCUGAUGCCUUUAAAGACCAAGAGCGUAAUAAUACAAAUGAGAGCAAAGAACUGGUGAUUGUAACUCAAUGUGUUGCAUCUCCUACCGAGGUUUAAAAAUAUAUAAAAACUAUUUGUUUUAUUGUGAAGUACUACGAUAAAUUGUUAUUUAAUUAUUGGGUGGAAAAAUAAAAAAAAAGAUAAAACAUC